GAGUACUAGCCAUGCAUCCCACCGGCGAAGUCGCGAGCAUUCGAUACCUCUCGCCUUCGAACACUCCUACCUUCAAAAGCUCACACUAUGACGCGGCCCAAAACAACAUGUCCUCCUUCCACUUUGGCAACAUAUUCGGGCCUUGCGUCAACCAAAAUAUCCACAUCAUGCAGCCAAACCAUGAAUUUAGCGAUCUUCAUAGUCCUCCUGCCUGCAGUGUUUCGACCGUUUCUUGCCUUCGUAGCGGCUCGACUUCCGAUGAGGCAGACGACCGCCACCGUAGCUCGGAAGAAGAGAGGAGGAGGAGAAGGAUGAUAUCCAAUAGAGAGUCCGCGCGCCGCUCGCGGAUGAGGAAGCAGAAGCAUUUAAGCGAGCUUUGGGCGCAGGUGGUUCACCUCCGCAGCGCCAACCGCCAACUGCUCGACGAGCUGAACCGUGCGAUGAGGGGCUGCGAUCGGAUCAUGCACGAGAACGCGCGGCUUAGAGAGGAGAGAUCAGAACUCCAGAAGAUGGUGCAGAAACUACAAGAAGAGAAAAAUCUCAGUGCUCAAGAAAAUAUUGAGGAAACUAAUUGCAAAUAAAUCCGGAUAACUAAGUAACAAAAUGAUGAAUCCAUAAAUUUAUGAUAUUUAGUUCUUUUCCUUUUUGAGAUUUUUCUGAUUGUCAUUGUCAUCCUUUUAUUUGGAGAAUGAUGAAAAAUUGACCUGUUUC